GCCGCCGGCGACGUCGGUAUCAACGUCGCUAGCGCGGGGCACGCAGCUCUGCAGCUCCCUCGCGGCGCCACGGCGCACUCCGCGUGGGCCAUCCCUGUGGGUGACUACCCGGAGCUGUUCAGCAACUUGAGCGUUCGAUCGGCAGCGGGUCUCCACAUCGCACGCGCUCCCGUCAUCCAGUGGGAUGAGCGGCCUUGCAUCCGCAAGGCAGCGUGGGAAUUGUGCUCGACCCUGCUCGACGCCCUGAAAACGCAGCACCCUUGCGAGUGCCGGCCCGAGGUCCUCAUAUUCUUCGGGGACUUCCGCCAAGCCAGCCGCCGCGUCAUCGUCCAAAGCGCCGUCCAAAGCUCCUCCUCGUGGUCGAGGUUCACCCGGUACUGCCUCGGCCGCGUCUGGCGGCAGGCUGAAGACGCCUCCUUCUGCCGGUGGAUUGACGGCAUCGGUGGCGGUGCCCAAGCUACUCAGAGGAACGGUGCUGGUGACGGGGGAUUCGCGCCCUUGCGCGACAUCGCCACCGUGCUUGACGAGGCGGCGGCCAUUCGUCACGCAUUCCCUCACCUCAACGAACCACACUCUUCGAACUCCAAGAUACUGGCCGUUGUGAACACACUGGUGGGCGCGCACAACGAGCGCAUCCUCCGCGCGUUGGAACGCACCUUCCUGUGCCCCGCGCACCAUUUGCUGAGCGCCGACGCCCUGAACAUCGAUUCUGCUGGCCUCGUUGAGCCGCACCUGGCCGCAGAGUUUUUCGCGCUGCAGUAUGCCCCCGGUGCGCCGCCCCAUGACCUGCGCAUUGUCGUCGGAGGGCUCUUCGAGCUCAUGCGGAACUUCAGCCCUGCCGAGCAGCUCAUGCACCGCGUUCCGGUCAUCGUCAAGGCGGUUCACCACCACCACAUCCUCAUAGAAACGUUAGAUGGCCGCCAGUACCCAUUGCCUUGUUUUCCGCUGGUAGAUCGCCAACGGCCCGUCCACAAUGGCGCGUCGGCAGUAUCCAUUGCGAGCGGCGUGCGCCUCCUCAUGCAACCCAGGGCAAGGCCCGUGCGUGCGACCCUGGACGUGCGACGGAGCCCUGUUGCGCGCGGGCACCUCUAUGUGGGCUUCUGCAGGGUGAAGAAGCGCGGUGACCUACGCGUUCUCCCCGACAGUGAGAACAUCGACCGCAACGGCAAUUCCUUAGUGCGCAAC